AUGUCCGGAUCCUUUCAAUACUUUGUAUUUACGCCCAGUGUUCUGACAGGCCCUUCUUCAGUCAACGGACAGUCUAGUUUAUAUCUGGAAUCAUCAUUCUACCAGGGACUGCCAUCUCUUUCUCCCUGUACAAGGAUCCUUAAUGCGUCGCAGUCGAUUGGUUGUCAAGCUGGAGCCGCGUCUGGUGUAUUAUACGCUAUUACAAGCACCGAAGAUGUCGCUGCUUUCAUAGACAGUGCACCUUCGGCACUGGCAAACUAUGUACUAGUGAUGCCACCCUCGCUACUACAAAGGCAUGACAAUCUGGAAUUUUUGAGUGCUUUGGCUGCCACCGGUCGAAUGGCUGGUGUCAUUGUAUCGCAGGACACAAUCUUGUUUCCAAACUCCCAGCCAGCUGCUUUCUCGCCGGAUAGUACAACGCCCAACUAUCAGUAUGGGCUGUAUGCAAACUCGACUAGCGCGCCGGUUAUAUGGAAUCCCAACGGAAACUCAUUGAUCUACCAAAACUACCCAUACCCAAUCUUUGGGGGCUAUCCGUUCGACACGUCAUCGCAAACAACAUUAGCAACACUGCGCGAAGCAGUCCUGUCGAACAAGGCCAAAGGUUAUAACCAAUAUCCUCUGUAUUCUGCAGAGUUUGAUGCAUUCAUGUGGGCCGCCGUGGACUCGAGGACUUGCUUGAGAAGAAGUUGGUGCGAUCCUAUAGGUGGACUCUCAGUGUGGUCUACACUCUCCACAAAUCUCGCUAGCAAUGACGGCAAACCCAUAAUCGUCGUCGCCAGCAAAAUCGAUGGUGAUGCCUUCUUUCAUGAUCUGGCAUGGGGUGUAGAGUCUACAUUGUCUGGUAUGAUUACGGAACUGGCUGUCAUUGAUGCUCUUCGCAGGUCAACGACGUCUCUGACAACUCUACCUAAACAUAUCGUGUUUACAUUCUUCAACGCUGAAAAUUUCGGGUUGGCGGGAUCCCAACGAUUCGUACAAGACAUAUCGUCAACCUUUUCUUGCACCACAUCACCACCAUCAGGGACAACAGGUGGAACGACCGGAUGCUAUACUCCAGAUGGAAUACAAGCGGCAUGCUGGAAUCCAUGCUUUGCCCAUUCACAAUUCACGAGAAUCAAUUUUAACAAUAUCGAAUCCGUAAUUGAAUUGGGCCAAGUAUCAUCUGCUGCUAGCACUACCGGUAAUGGGACUAGUUUAAACUUUUACUUGCAUUCUGAUGAUGAGAAUGCAGAUAAUUUGGCACUCAAGACUCGAUGGUCGAGUACGUUUAGCCAGCCGGGAUACAAUGGUGGUGCUCUGCCAGUUACGAUACAGAAUGCGGUAGUAGCGGGCAGCGUUAGCAAGAGACUGCCACCUUCUAGUGCUAUGGCUUUCUUGCAAAAGAAGAGAAUACCGGCCAUGGUUAUUUCAGAUUUUCAAUCACAGUUUUCCAACCCAUUCUACAACUCUGAAUAUGACACAAAUACAAGGCUAUCCAAUAUCAACAUUACAUCGUUGUGUGCUAUAGCCAAUGUCACAGCAAAGUCACUAUGGGGACUAGCUUCUAAUGAUGGAGUAGCUCUGCCAUCUAGUGUGGUUGUGAAUUGUUCAUUUGUGGCUGAAUUGGUGUCUUGUUUGGCUGGCAACUUUUCUUGUCCAUUGAUACAUGGCUUAAUUGGAGCUACUGGAGUUGCCCAUGUCUCCAAUUAUCCCAGUGUCUUUGCGUACGACAAUCCAUCAGCCUAUACUCGUUUCCUAAAGAGUCUAGUUGCUACCAUCACUGGAACACCGGGAGUGAAUUGUUCAUCAGAUGCUGAUUGCACUCAACCGACUGGAAUGUGUGUAUCUUCAACAUGCAUAUCUUCUCAGACAUUCUAUCACUACGCGUUCGGUACAGGCAUAAAAUUCAACGCUGAUGCUUCCGUUUGGGAGGUAACUGAUUCGACAAAGGGAACUUGGGUUGAAAGCAGAUGGUAUAGCACGAGGUCGAGACUGCUUCUUGUGUCUGCACCUUCGAUACAGAUUGUACAAGUAGUGGUUGGUGUCUUGCUGACUCUCAUAACGCUAGGAAUCGCAUUGUAUUUAGAACGGACACUAUUGAGCAAGUUAUAA